UUAUCAAAUUUUUAUUUUCUUCAUUCAUUCAUAGGUACUCUUCAUGUAUGAAAUCGUGAAUAGCUAGCGAUUCAGAAUCUUCACGAAGAUAUACAAGAAACUUGACAGGUAAAAUUGAUCUACGCGGCAUUUGAUAAGUAAUAGGGUUUUCGUCACCACACCCUGGGCAUAGCGGAACCUUCAGUGGGUUUUCGUAACACUUUGAAUUAGAGGAGAUGAUGAGGUUACAAACUUAUGCAGGGCUUAGCUUAAUAGCUACACUAGCCGUUAUUUAUCAUGCCUUUAAUAGCAGAGGCCAAUUUUACCCAGCAAUGGUUUAUCUGUCAACGUCCAAGAUCAGUCUGGUGCUUCUUCUCAAUAUGGGUCUUGUUGUGAUGUGCAUUUUGUGGCAGUUGACAAAGAAAAUUUUCCUUGGUCCCCUUCGAGAGGCUGAGGUGGAGAGGCUGAACGAGCAGUCUUGGCGGGAACUCAUGGAAAUACUUUUUGCCAUCACGAUUUUCCGUCAGGACUUCUCUGUUACAUUUCUUGCAAUGGUAACUGUGCUCUUGCUUAUUAAGGGUUUGCACUGGUUGGCUCAAAAGAGAGUUGAAUACAUAGAAACAACUCCAACUGUUACUAGGUUGUCUCACAUUCGCAUAGUUUCCUUCCUGGGUUUUCUCCUCUUAAUAGACAGUCUCUUUUUGUACGACUCCGUGAACUAUUUGAUACAGACAAGACAGGCAUCGGUAUCUCUCUUCUUUGCAUUUGAGUACAUGAUACUUGCAACAACAACUGUCUCAACUUUUGUAAAAUAUCUCUUCUACAUAAGUGACAUGCUUAUGGAAGGACAAUGGGAGAAUAAGCCUGUCUAUACUUUCUACUUGGAACUUAUUCGAGACUUGCUCCACUUGUCUCUGUACUUGUGCUUCUUCAUGGUGAUUUUCAUGAACUAUGGUGUGCCCCUGCAUUUGAUUCGGGAGCUUUAUGAGACAUUCCGCAACUUCAAGAUUCGAGUUGCCGAUUAUGUACGCUAUCGGAAGAUUACUUCAAAUAUGAAUGACCGUUUUCCAGAUGCUACACCAGAAGAGCUCAAUGCAAGUGAUGCUACCUGCAUUAUUUGUCGUGAGGAGAUGACCACUGCUAAAAAACUUAUUUGCGGGCAUCUGUUUCAUGUGCAUUGUCUCCGUUCAUGGUUAGAACGUCAGCACACCUGUCCUACCUGCAGAGCCCUUGUUGUGCCAGCUGAAAAUGGGACAAAUGUGGUAGGAUCACGACCAGAUGUGCAACAAGGUCCUGGACCAAGUGGGGCAAGUGCAUCUCAGAACUCACAAGCAGAUAGCACGCCAAAUAAUAAUGUUAGCCAGCACCAAGCUAGAAUCCAAGCUGCUGCUGCAGCAGCAGCAGUUUAUCAGAAGUCUUUUGUUUAUCCUUCUGUACCAACACUAGCGUGGUCUCCUGGAUAUGCUCCAGUUCCUCCGUCCUAUAGUCCAGCGGGCAGUUCUUCCAAUGUGCUCUCAGAUGGGGAACGGGCAUUGAAUGAACAAUCACUGCAGGAUCAAUUAGCAAAUAUGCCCUUGGCUCAAUAUCAAUGUGGUUUUCUCCCUUUUCAAAAUCCCGGUGCUAACAACCUUAGUAUUCCAAAGGCUCAACUAGAGGCCCAUAAAACACUUUUACAACAACAAAUUGAGGUUCUGCAAACGCAGCUCAAGAUUUUAGAGAAUCCAAACACACACAAAAAAGCAGAUGAUUUAGGAAGUUCUGAUAGUAAGGGAAAAGCAAUUCCGUCAGAGAGUUCUCGAGGACAAUCCGAAGGUGCAGAAUUUUGAAGCUACCAACAAUGUAUAUGUAUGAUAAGGGCCAGCUGAAGUUUGGACGUACAGUUAGAGAAAUAGCAGCAAUUGAAAAAUGGAAUUUAUCAGAGGUUCUGUAAGUUGUACAAUUCUCGAGUGCUCUGUGAAGUGUUGUAUUUUAGUCCAGCAACUGAUUAUUUUUCUCUUCUGAUAGAAUUUCUUCUUGAGAAUCUCAAAAUCUUGUACCCCUUAUGGCGGUACGAUAAAAUUUUCUUUAAAUAAGGUUCACUUCUUCUA